AAUACCCUCCGGCCGCGCAGGCCGACCGCCGAAUCGCGAAGUAUCGCUCGCGCGUGGUGCCGCGUGUCGUGACUGCGCGAGUUUCUCGAUGCGAGUGAGUGUCCGUGCAAUUCGAUCGACCGAAACAUGGCGAGCUGCAGGCUCUUCGGCGCCCUGGCGCGCUGCUCCCGCACCCGCGCACCCACGCUCGUGACACGCACAGGUUUAUACCAACCACUAAGGACACUAGCAACUGAAGCAGAUAAGAAGCACUUUAAAUACAAGGUCGUGGGAAAUGUGGCAGUCAUUACAAUAGAUUCACCAGGUGUUAAGCUAAACACCUUGACUAAAGAACUGAUGGCGGAAGUGGAUACUGUGAUAAACGAAGUUCAGUCGAAUCCGCUGGUAAACGCGGCAGUUUUCAUCAGUGGGAAACCAAGUAAUUUCAUCGCCGGUGCAGAUAUCAAUAUGCUACAAAGCAUCUCAGACGAGCAGACCGGUUACGAGAUGAUAAAGGAAGGUCACAAACUGCUUAACAAAAUAGCGAACAGCAGCAAGCCGAUCGUCGCUGCUAUUCACGGCAACUGUUUCGGUGGAGGAUUGGAGGUUGCGUUAGCGUGUCAGUGCAGACUUGCCGUCAACGACAAGAAAACCAGCUUAGGAUUGCCAGAGGUAAUGCUCGGGAUUCUGCCCGGUGGCGGUGGUACUCAACGCUUGCCGCAGCUAGUUUCUCUUCCGACUGCUUUGGAUAUGAUGCUCACAGGCAGAAGCGUUAAGGCUGAAAGAGCGAAGAAACUCGGACUUGUGGAUUUCUUGGUAAAUCGUCUCGGUCCAGGAGUUGGCGCAGCCGAGGAAAAUACGUUGAGAUACUUGGAGGAGACCGCGGUGAAGGUUGCACAAGAUCUCGCGAGCGGAAAACUGAAACUCGAUCGUGGUCCGAAGUCCCUCGUGGGCAAGAUCACGCAGCAGGUGAUGUCCUUCAACUUCGUCAAGGAUCAGAUAUUCAAGAGAGCGAAGGCUCAGGUGAUGAAGGCAACGGGCGGCCUGUACCCUGCUCCGCUCAGAAUCCUGGAGGUGGUGAGAGCCGGUCUGGACAAAGGUAUCGUCGCCGGUCUCGACAUCGAAGCAAGAGGGUUUAGUCAGCUAAUAACAACGCCGGAAUGCAAGGGUCUUACCAGCCUGUUCUUCGCUCAGACAGCCUGCAAGAAGAAUCGUUUCGGCGCACCCAAGAGCGCAAGCAAAAAGAUCGCUGUAGUCGGCGCCGGUCUGAUGGGUGCGGGCAUCAUCCAGGUCAGCAUCGAUAAGGGUUACAACGUUAUUAUGAAGGAUACCAACGACGCUGGACUGUAUCGUGGCAUAAACCAGAUCCAGAAAGGUCUGGACAAUGCAGUGAAGCGUAAACGGAUUUCCAGCAUUGAGAGGGACAAGUACCUCUCGCAGCUCGACGCGACGUUGAAGUACGACAGCUUCAAGGAUGCAGAUGUAGUAAUCGAGGCAGUGUUCGAGGACAUCGCCAUCAAGCACAAGGUGCUGAAAGAGAUCGAAUCCGUGGUACCGAGUCACUGCGUCAUCGCGACCAACACGUCCGCGAUUCCCAUCACGAAAAUCGCUGCCGGCAGCAGCCGUCCGGACAAGGUGAUCGGCAUGCACUAUUUCUCUCCCGUCGACAAAAUGCAGCUGCUGGAAAUUAUCACGCACGCGGGAACGUCCGAGGAAACGAUCAGAACCGCAGUGGACGUUGGCCUAAAGCAGGGCAAGACUGUCAUCACAGUCGGCGACGGUCCCGGUUUCUAUACAACGAGAAUACUUUCUGCCAUGUUGUCGGAAGCGAUUAGACUGAUGCAAGAAGGAGUGGAGCCAUCGCAUCUGGACAAGCUGACGAAGAAAUUUGGUUUCCCGGUCGGCGCAGCCACUCUGUCCGAUGAGGUUGGCAUUGACGUGGGUGCUCACAUCAGCGUCGACCUCGCCAAAGUUUUCGGCGAGCGCUUUAAAGGCGGAGACGUGAACAUUCUCAGCGAUAUGGUCAAAGCCGGUUUCCUUGGACGCAAGUCCGGCAAAGGUAUAUUCGUGUACGAGACCAAUUCGAAGAACAGAGAUGUAAAUAUGGGCGCGCUGGAUAUCUUGAAGAAGUACCAGCUCGAGCCUAAGGGCAGCACAUCAGAUGAGGACCGCCAACUGAGGAUGGUCUCGCGGUUCGUCAAUGAGGCAGUGCUUUGCUUAGAAGAAAAUAUUCUAGCCAAUCCUGUGGAAGGAAACGUGGGAGCUGUCUUCGGCUUGGGCUUCCCGCCAUUUACGGGUGGUCCGUUCCGUUGGCUCGACGCGUACGGCACUCAUCGAUUCGUCAAGAAGAUGGAGGAAUUCCGCAGUCACUACGGCGAAGCAUUCAAACCGUGUCAAAUGUUGCUCGAUAUGGCGGCUGAUUCGACACGAAAAUUCCACCCGAAAUAAAAGAACUUGAAAGGCGUUCCUUAUCGGCAUACCUCCAUAUUAACUAACUUCCUGAUGUUUAUCAAUUAUAUCUAUUUACUUCAGGAUCGCAAAGCACCUCGAGAUACGUGCGGAGAAUUAAUCCUUCGUGAACUGAAUCUGGGAUUCGCACCUCUCGGGUCUCGUGUACGCUGAUUCGUUCACUUCUGGAACAGCUUGGAAGAUUGUAAACAAUUUUGUUUUCUGGUUUUUGAAAGAGAGCCCUUAGACAGUGCUGCCUUCUCGGCUAUCCCGAUGAAGUAAGUUUAAAUGGCAUCUACCGAAUUGAAACGUUGCAAAAUAAUAUGUUUCAAUAGUACCUCGGAUUUUAUAAACGAAAAUAUUAAGGAAACUAUAGCUUCCGCUCUACUUGGUAUACAGUUUUACAUAUGCGAAAUACAUAUGCAGCGCGACGCGAUCCCCGCGUGUGCAAAUUGCCUGGGAGGGGCUAACGCGUGUCAUGCGUAAUGCGCGGAGACUGUCUCGCGGCUGCUAGACUAAUCGAAUAAUGUAUAUUUUUGGAUUUGGAAUUUAUGCGAAUCGCUCAGCGACUCCACGCGAAUAUACAUUGUAGAUAGAUUCGUGCAUUUAUAUUACUUCCGAGAGUUUUGUACGUCGCAAAUACUCUUUCAUAUUCUUACACACGCGUAUUUAGCAAUCAUUGUAAAAUAGGCAAGAAAUCAUAUAUAUUAUAUGAUAAUUGUACAUUUAUUUUUGCAAGAUUUAUCACAAAUAAAGAGUUUCUAUAUUGAGAUUUA